AUGAAUAUAUCGAAAGUGACAACAUCGCUUGCUGCUGCGGCUGCUGCCGCCGAAAAAGCAAAACCCGAACGUGUAACAUCUGCAACCGCAGCACUCAAUUUUAAUGCAAUCUCGAUACAAAAGCGCACCAGCGUCGACGACACCGAUGAUCCAAAUCGCAAGAAACUCAAAAGGGACAUUGUUAUAUGCACGCCCACAACCAGUUUGCCCGCCAAACAACGUGCUGCCUCGGCCACAGUAGCAGCAGCAGCAGCAGCAGCUAAUACAACAACUCCAGCGUCAACGCUAAAUGCAACAACAACAACGGCAACAAUAGCUGCAAACACAACUGCAUCCAAUAUAGCCAAAUCCACAGACGACCAACAACAGCAACAACAAACCACAAACAUAUUAGCUGCCACAAAUUUUGGUGGCAACUUUGUUAGUCACACAACAAAUGCUAAACCAGAAGCCAGUGCUAGCGCCGAUGUCCGCUGGGAGCAACGCGAUGAGCAAAAGAUUAUUGUCUGUGAAAUGAGCGCCCUUAAGCCCGAAGAGGCGCCCGCCGCCGUCGCUAGCACCAGCAGCAGCAGCAUCACCACUACCACCACCACCAUCAUUAACAAUAACAGCAAUAGCCAAAAGCAAAAUUUCGCCAGCUUUACCAAAAAAGAUGCGGCCACUUCGUCGGCCUCCUCGUCCUCAUCGACAGCCUCCAUAAUAUCCAUCGAGCCAAGCACGGAGCAGCUCAGUAGCAAGGAUCAGCAGCUGCUGGGCAAGACUGUGAACAUUGAUGAGCUCGACUAUGUGCUCUUGCCUGCCACAACAACAGCUGAGCUCAAGCCUGCCGCUGUGCUGGAGGCGAACGCCAACAAUGCAACAUGCAACAGCAAUAACGCUAACGCCAACGCCAACACUAACAAUAGCAUUAGCACCAUCAGCAAUAGCAACAGCACAGUCAAGGUUACAGCAGCGACAAUAACGUCACAGCCAGGAACCUACAACAUUUUCAACAGCAGCGGCAUAACAACAACAACAACUGCUGGAGCACCUGCAACCACAACGCUGUUGAAUCGCGUCAAUUUGCAUGCCAAACUCAAGGGACCGCAAUUAAUGAUGAAUGCCAAAAAGCUAGCCGAGGUAACACAAACAACAGCCAAAGUGUCUAUUGGCAACAAGACGAUAUCGGUGCCGCUGCUGAAGCCGCUGCCCAGUUCUCUAAUGAGCAGCAGUGGUGGCGCCACUACCACAGCUGGUGGUGCUACAAUCGUUGAAAGCAAGCAGCUCCAAGGUGCGCUAGUCGGCAACACAGCAACUGGACAGCAUCCGCAACAGCCGCAGCAUCUGAACAUAACCAAAUUGCUGAAAGGCACGCGCAAGAAUCCCACAACAAUUGUUUCGUUUGCCAACGUGCAGAUUAGGCCACCAAAUAGUAAAAUUGUGACGGCCAAGGUGUUGAGCAAAAAGAUGUCGCUGCAGUUUCAGCAGCAGCCACAGCAUCCGCUGCUGCAACAGUCUGGCGCCAGCAGCAGCAGCAGCAGCACCGCCACAACUGGCAGCAUUGUGACCAUAACGCCCACAACAAAUGCAGGUCAAACGUUCACCAUGGUGCAGACACAGCCACAUCCACAACAACAACAACAAUCACAGCAGCAGCAGCAACAACAGCAGCAGCAGCAGGACAAUGCUGGCGAACGCCCAGAGACAACAACAGCAGCAGCAACAACAACAACUGUAUCGGCACGUAUCGUUGGACAGCAGCAUCAGACAAAGACGCUGACCUACAGCGACAAUAUACAAAAGAUUUUAUUAAGCAAAAGCAAGUCCAUUGAUGGCAGCGAACUGAGCGAGUUUGGCAAAAUAAACAGCGUGGUCAUCAAGCCGCUGGACAAAUCCCAGCUGCAAUGCACGCCCGGCAGCAUCAACAUAUUCAAGCAACAGCCACAACAAUCCUCUUCAACUGAACUCAGCGCCAGCGACAAUCUAAUCAAGACCAGCACAUCGGCCAGCAUUUGUGGACGCCCCAUAAUAUCGCUGGUGGUGUCCAAGACCACGAUGGCGCAGCAGAAGCCCAAAAUGAUAACCACAGCAGCCAACAGCGCGCUACAGAUGCACACCUAUCAAGCGCAGCAGCCACAAAGCCAAACCUCAAGUCAGGCAGAGGCCGACAGCAGCAGCAGCGGCGGCGGCAUCAGCCUCGGCAGCGGCAAGCUGCAUCUAAAGGCGCAGCUUACCAAGGUGGAGAAUGCGGAUGGUCAAACAGAAAUGAAGCCCAAGUUGGUGAUCGUAAAGCAAACGCCUCCAGCAGCAAUAGUAACAGCAGCAUCAGCAGCAGCAGCAGCAACACCAACAGCAGCGGCAGCCAACGAGAGCAGCAGCAGCAGUAGCAAAGAGCCAGCAGCUGUGGAGCAGUCAAGCUUGCCAGAGGAAACAGUUGUUAGCACGCGCAGCCGUGUGGAUGAUUCCAAUAAUGCGCUGCUCAAGCAAUUGCUGCAGAACAGCUGCAGCAGCAGCAUCAGCAAUGCCAACAACAGCAACAGUCACAACUUGCAACAAAUUUCAAUAACUUCGGCGCCACUCUCAGCACGCAAAGUGAUCAAUGUGCGUGCGCCUAGCAUGGGUUUGAUUAGCUCGCUGGAGGCGCAGCUGGCACGCCCUGUCAAGCCGCCGGUGCCGGCUGCUGUAAGCAACAGCAGCAAUGCCAACAGCAGCGGCAGCAAUACAAUGACAACAACAACUGCCAGCAUGUUGAGCAUAAGUCAGACAACUGCAGCAGCAGCAGCAGCAGCAACAGCGUCAGCUGAGGCAGCACAUACGCAGCCGCCGGCGCCGCCGCCGUUGCAACAAGCACAUGAGGCAAGCAUAACAGCAACAGCAAUAACAACAACAGCUUCAGCAGCAGCAGCAACAGCAGCAACUGUUACAGCUACAAGCACUGCCGCUACAACGCCCACCGCCACGCCCAUUGUUAAGCAAUCAGUGCAGAUAGUCUCCAAGGAAACCUCUUUCAUAUCAACGCCAGUGCCAGCAUCAGUCACAUCCGCAGCAGCAGCAGCAGCCGCAGCAGCAACCACUGUUAACAAGCUGCCAACGCUUUUGACUGAAACAAAUUUAAAAUCAGAGCCGCUGCCACCGCCGCCAUCUUAUGAGCUUAGCACAGCAAAUGUAUCCAAUGUAACUAUCUCCAUCACUACCAAGCCCAGCAAGGAUAUCAAGCUGCUCAAGCUGGAACCAACCAGCGAAGAGACGCCAACUGCAGCAGCAACUGAGCCAGACAAAUCAUCACUAGCGUCUAGCACAGCAACACCAAUAAUAACAACAACAACAACAACAGCAGCAACAUCAUCAGCAGCAGCAGACAGUUGGAAGUUAGCCGAAACGCUGAGCAACCGCAAGCAGCAACUUCAGUUGCCGCUGCAACAGCAGCAGCAAGUUCAGCUGCAGCAGCAGCAACCCAUAGAGGACAAGCCGGCAGCAGAGUUAAAAAGCGAGAGCCUAAGCUUAACCAACAGCAAAAGUAACGAGCUAUUGCCGCUGCUAAAGACCGCUGCAACAACAGCAACAGUUGGGCCUACCGUCCCGUCCUCAAUUGGAGAGAAGCUGCAAAUGCAAUUGGUUCACAAGAAGAUUACGCAAACCGGAACGGGCGAGCUGCAGGUAACAAACGCAGUGCAACAGCAGCAGCAGCAACCACAACAGCAGCAGCACCACCACCAACAACAACAGCAACACCAGCUGCAACAGCAACAUCCACAGCAGCAUGCGCAGCAACAACAAUUGUCCGUUGGAGCAGCAACUGCUGAGCCUAAGGCAACGGAGCAACGCAAGCGUCGCAAGCGUAACGAAACCCAAAAGCGUCGCAACAAUACCAAUGCAGGCGCUGCUGCUGCCGCCGCCGCGGUUGCUGCAGCUGCAGCGGCUGCCGGUGCUGCUGCCGGCGGCGUCAACAACAGCUUGAAGGAGCUCACUGGCAGCAGCAGUUUGCCAGCCGGCGCCGUCGUGCAAUUGAGCAACAUGCCCGGCAAUGCGUCACACUUGGGCGGACAGCUGAGCAGCAGUGGUGGCAACGCUGGCGUUGGCGCUGCAGCGGGCAUUGCUGCUGGUGGCGGCGGCGGCGGCUCGCCCAUGCUGAAGAAGCGUGUGCGCAAGUUCUCGAAAGUGGAGGAGGAUCACGAUGCAUUUACCGAGAAGCUAAUGGGGCAUAUACGACUUAUGCAGCCGCUGCAGGUGCUGGAGCCGCUGCUGAAUCGCAAUUUUCUCAUUGGCGCCGGCAGCGGCGUCAAUGCGGGCAGCGCUGUCAGCGGCAAACUGAAAGCGAUAACGCGCGCUCAGCGUCAGCUGGACGAUGCUGCUGGCGGCAAUCACAUGGACUGCGAUCAGCCCCUGGGACAAUUUGGCAAUGUGCGUCAUGCGAGCAUCAAAUCGUUGUACGACAGCGAACGCUUUGGCGGCAGCAGCAGCGAGGCAAGCAAAGCUUUAGGCAGCGCCACUGGCGGCGCCGGCAGUUCAAGCAUACAGAAUGACUUUUACGAUCAGGAGUUCUCCACGCAUAUUCUGCGUAAUCCGCGCGAGCGUUUCCAGCGCUUGAUUGGCACCGUGCGUGAGACCAAUGUGGAGACAGUCGAUCUGGUGGAGAGCCAGCAACAGCAACAUCACCAACACCAGCAGCAGCAGCACCAACAACAGCAACAGCACUCUGCCUUGAGCUGGCCACGCCUAAGCAGCUAUCCUGGUCUGGUGCUGCUCAACAGCAACAGCAAUCAGCGCUGUGCGCCUGGACGCAUGUCACCCGUAGCGCUGGCCAUGAAUGCGCAUAGUCUGCGUCUGCCUGUCUCGCCGCUGCUGCGCGGCUGCAGCGAGGAGCUGCGCAAGUCCCAGCAGCUCGAGCUGGGCAGCAGCAGCAACCACAACAAUAACAGCAACAACAACAACAACUAUCAGCAGAAGAACCAAAAUGUGAUACUCUCGCUGCACUCAUCGGCAACGGAUAAUAUUGCCGGCGUGCUACGAGAUUUGGCCAAUCUGCUGCACUUGACGCCAGCGCUAACCUGCAAGCUUAUCGAUGCUGCCGCCAGUGGAAGCAGCGGCACCAGCAGCGCUGACAAAAGCGACUCAGCAAUAACAACAACAACAACAGCUGCUGCUGGAGCAACGCCGGCAGCAACCGCAACCAUUAGCCAAGGCAACCUGCGUAAAAUACUCAGCGGUCAGCGCAAGCUUUGUCGCUCUUGCGGCAGUCCCAUCGCCGCCUUUGGCCUGCGCGUGCUGCAGCAGCAGGUGCCGGAGCAACAGUCGGAGUCAACGCCGGCAGCGCCCAGCAUGCUGUCCAUGCUGCAAGCGUUGCUGCCACGCAAGUCGCCCCCACCGCCGUUUGUUUACUUCUGCAAUCGCAGCUGCUUUACGCUAUACAAAUGGCGUGGCAAGGAGGAGCCGGCUGGUGUUACGCCCAUGGAGUGCGAGCCCACUGCUACCAUUAAAAUCGAAAUGGACGUGGAUGAGCCAGCAGCAGCAGCAGCGCCAGCAGCAGCAGCAACAACUCCAGUCACCAGCAGCAGCAACAGCAGCAGCAGCGCUAACAACAGUGAACAGGCCACGCCCACGCCCACAGCGCCACAGCGAAAAUGCAUUGUCAAGUGCUUUAGCGCCGAUUGCUUCAGCGCUGCCAAUGAGCCCAACAUCAAGCAGGAGCAGACUGAUCCAGCUGUCAACAACAAUACAGUUUGGGAAACGGAUAUCACAGGUCCCGCUGCAGAGGAUACGCGUCAGUGUGUCUUCUGUUUGCAGCGCGGCGAUGGCCAGGCGGAUGGUCCAUCGCGUCUGCUCAACUUUGAUGUGGAUAAAUGGGUGCAUUUGAACUGCGCUCUGUGGUCGCACGAUGUCUAUGAAACGGUCUCGGGUGCGCUGAUGAACUUUCCGACGGCGCUCCAGGCGGGCUUGAAUCAGGCGUGCAGCGCCUGCCAUCAGCUGGGCGCCACCAUCAAGUGCUUUAAGUCGCGCUGCACCAUGCUCUACCAUCUGCCCUGCGCCAUCAAGGAGGACUGUGUCUUUUACAAGAACAAAUCAGUGCAUUGCAGCGCACACGCCACCAGCAGCAGCAACACCAGCGGCAGCAGCAGCAGCGCUGCUACGCCAGCGUUAACGGAGAACGAGUUGAGUUCGUUUGUGGUGCAUCGACGUGUGUUUGUGGAUCGCGAUGAGAAUCGUCAGGUGGCCACGGUCAUGCAUCAUUCGGAGCUAAGCAAUCUGCUGCGUGUCGGCAACAUGACCUUUCUCAAUGUGGGACAACUGCUGCCGCAUCAGCUGGAAGCCUUCCAUACGCCACACUACAUUUAUCCCAUUGGCUACAAAGUGAGUCGCUACUACUGGUGCGUGCGUCGUCCCAAUCGCCGCUGUCGCUACAUUUGCAGCAUUGCGGAGGUUGCCUGUCGUCCAGAGUUUCGCAUUUUGGUGCACGACACCAGCGACAAGGAGCCGGAUCGUGAGUAUCGCGACAGCACACCCUCGGGCGUCUGGCAGCAGAUCCUGCAGUCCAUACAGCGUCUGCGCAAGGCGCACAAGUGGCUGCAGCUCUUUCCGCAGCACAUUAGCGGCGAGGAUCUGUUUGGCUUGACCGAGCCGGCGAUAGUGCGUAUUUUGGAAAGCUUGCCGGGCAUUGAGACGCUUACAGAUUAUCGCUUCAAAUACGGACGCAAUCCGUUGCUCGAAUUCCCGCUGGCCAUCAAUCCUUCAGGCGCCGCGCGCACUGAGCCCAAGCAGCGCCAGCUGCUCGUCUGGCGCAAGCCGCACACACAACGCACCGCCGGCAGCUGCCACUCAACCACUCAGCGCAUGGCCAACUCGGCGUCCAUUGCCGGAGAGGUGGCCUGUCCCUACAGCAAGCAGUUUGUGCACUCCAAGAGCUCGCAGUACAAGAAAAUGAAGCAGGAGUGGCGCAACAAUGUCUACUUGGCACGCUCGAAAAUCCAGGGACUGGGCUUGUAUGCGGCGCGUGAUAUUGAGAAGCAUACAAUGAUCAUUGAGUAUAUUGGCGAGGUGAUACGCACGGAAGUAUCUGAACUGCGUGAGAAGCAAUAUGAAGCUAAGAAUCGAGGUAUAUACAUGUUUCGGCUGGAUGAGGAUCGCGUUGUGGAUGCCACAUUAAGCGGCGGCCUGGCGCGCUACAUCAAUCACUCCUGCAAUCCAAACUGUGUGACCGAAACCGUUGAGGUGGAUCGUGAUGUGCGCAUUAUAAUAUUUGCCAAGCGCAAAAUCUAUCGCGGUGAAGAGCUUUCGUAUGACUACAAGUUUGAUAUAGAGGACGAUGCACACAAGAUACCUUGCGCCUGUGGAGCGCCCAAUUGUCGCAAAUGGAUGAAUUAGAGAGUUAACUGCAAUUGCACUCAGACUAAGACGUCCCCCCCAGUGAAGCGAGCGAGAUUUAAAAAGAUAGUUAGAGAAAGCGGAAGAAUGAGAGAGAAAGAGGAUUUGUUAUUCAUCAUUAUAGUACGUAUGUUGUAUUAGAAUUUCAAGCAGUUGCAUAUUCUUUAGGCAGUGUAUAUGUAUGUCUAUAUACAUGCAAUUAUAUAUACGUGUAUGUAUGUAUAUAUGUAUAUGAUCGCAUAUAUUAUUGUAAGUUAAUUUUAUGUAUAUGCACGAGAGCGCGCUCGCCUGCGCAUAUCGUGCCAAUCGUAGCUAAUUUUGUAUCCUAUUGCUCAUAAGCUAAACGUGUUUGUAGCAUAAAUUUUACAACAACAAUAACAAAACAAAACAAAAAACACUUCAUGCAUCAAAUAUUUAUA